AUGUACUUAAAGAAGAUCAUCGGUGCACUUGUGCUGGAUAUUGAUAUCGACCAGAUUACUGCAGCCACGAUCCACUGCGUGGCGGCACAUCUUAUCCAAGUCGGAGGCCCAGAGGUUGAAACCACGAUUGUUGCUCAUGUCGACGGUGCGCCAGGUGAGAGUAUUGAAGCAGUGAUGUCCCGGGGAAGGUCCAGCCAGUUUUGCAAUUCGGCUGGGGGUGGUGGUUGUUGGGGGUGGGGGGUGGUUCUGGAUUUCGAUUUGGGUUUGCCCUUUGAGCGGCAGGUUUUCUUGUUUCUUUUCUUGCUCAUCAAGUUUUGGUUUGGUUGUUUGGAUUGUGGGAUUAUGCGGGAAAGUUUCGAAAUGGGGAUUCUCGGGAAAAUGGAGGAUUUGGAGAGUGGCAAACAAGUGAUGACUGAUCAAAUAUAA